GUUCUUCUGUGGGACGGCCUUAUAGCCUCCCUCCUCGUCCCUCUCCUCCGCUACCUCUCCACCUCAUCUCAGCACCUCCAGGAAGAGCAACGCUACUACCAUCACACCCACACUCACAACCACACUCACUACAGUCACAUCCCUUCUGCUGUAAACGCCUCUUUCGGACCUACCUCUCCUGCUGUCACCCUCUCUGAAGCAAUGGGCUCUUCUUCAGGGGCCCAUGCAGCACAGCAAGCCCUCCAAGCACCUCAGGAGGCACCUCCCACACCUGCUGCGACCCUUUCCUCGCUGCACGUGCUACAGCCUGUGCAAGCCUUCCGAGCUACAGAGCCCGACCCUACUGCUCCUCCUGCAGACGCAGCUCUCCCUGCUUCAAAGCAGGCAUAUGCAGCUACCUCACUUCACGUGCUUCAGCCAUGGCUGCCAGGUGUCAACAUUCCAUUGGCCGAUCUCGGUUACCUCUUUAUAGCCACGAUUAUCAGCCUGGCAUGGCAUGAGGCGGGGCAUGCUGUCGCUGCUGCCGUGGAGGGCGUGCGAGUGCAGCACGUGGCAUGCUUCCUCCUCGCCUUGCUGCUCCCAGGAGCUCACGUGGCCUUCCAUCCCACCGACUUCCACGCCCUCCCUCCCGCUCGCCUGCUGAGAAUCCUCUCUGCCGGCAUAUGGCACAACAUGGUGCUGUCACUGUUUGCGCUGCUGCUCCUCUCCUCGCCCCUUCAAGUGGCCCUCUUUUUUCCACUCUACUCCCACUCACCCCCCGGCCUCAAGGUUACAUCGGUGCAUCCGCUCUCCCCUCUUUACAGUCACAUUCGCCCAGGAGACACCUUACUAGCACUCGACCACUCUCCCCUUUCCUCUCCUGCCGACUACACUCACCUCCUCUCCCACCUCUCCCAUCUCUCCCAUCUCUCCCACCUCUCCUUCCCUGUGCCUGCUUCGAUCCCACCCUCGCCGCCUUCUCGUGGAUAUUGCAUUUCCCUAUCGGCCAAUCACGAGCUGCCACCUGGAUUCCUGACUCCUCCGGCCUUUCCAGCAGCCAAUGAUAGCAUCCCACCAAUAGCUUCAUCUGCACCAAUCUCCAGCUCUUUCCCAGAACCUUCCCACCACCUUUCCUGUGAUGCCUCCUUUCCUGGAACCAUCCUUUUCCGACAAGCUCCAUCCAGCAAUGCAGAACCUUCCUCGCAGCUUCCUAGCAGGGAACCACACCAAGAGGAAGUUUCCGCUCACUUUCCUGACUUGCAGCACCAAGACGAAGCUUCUCAGAUGGUUCCUACCAUGGCGUGUUUGCGUCCGAGAGACGUGGUGGAAGGAGGGAGUAGAUGCGGAUGGGGGUGGGUGGAUGAUGAUGAUGGGAAGGAAGAGGGGAGGGAGAAGAGCCAAUGUGAUAAGAAAGAUGAGCAGCAGCAGCAGCAGCAGCAGCAGCAGCAGCAGCAGCAGCAGCAGCAAGGGCGGCAGGUGCAGGAGAAACAGCAGCAGGUGCUGCAGCAAGAGCAACAAGAGCAGAAAGAUCAGGAUCAUGAGGAGAGGGAGGAAGGGCAAGAGCAGCAUCACGACCGUUCAUCCCUGUUACCAGCAUCGCCACCAUCGAUGCUUCAGAUUUCAGCACCAUUGUGGGGCCCUGUGGUGGUGACACGUGUCACUCUCUUUGUCUUCCACGUGUCCAAUGCUCUUGCCCUCAUCAACGCUGCUCCUAUUUUCUUCCUUGAUGGAGAGGCCAUUCUCUUAAACCUCCUCCGCCUGCUUCUCCCGUUUCCCUCACAUCUUCUCAACUCACAUUUGCACAUUCGGCACCAACAACAAAUCAUUCGCCACCAUCGUAUCCUCACAACGUUUGGAAGGACCUUAUCUUCUCGUCGCAGUCUGGCCCUCAGAGCCCUCUCGCUCAAGAGACCCGACUCGGAAGUUCUACUAGCCAAUCCCGGAGACACAGGCGGAGAAACUGGCGGUGAUACCGGCGGAGACAAUGGCGGAGAGACUGGCGGAGAGACUGGCGGAGAACCUGGGGGUCCUGGCGGAGGCGCAGGCGGCGGUCAGGGCGGUUCUGACGGCCCCCCUGGCGGCGACAAUGGGGGUUCCUCGGAAGGCGGCGAUGGCGCGCCCCUUAUCGGGGCAGGCGGAGAGGGCGGGGAGGGCGGAAAGGGCGGAAAGGGCGGGAAGGGAGGGAAGGGAGGGAAGGGUGGGAAGGGGGGAAAGGGGGGAAAGGGAGGGUACGGGGGCAAGGGGGGAAAGGGAGGGAAUCCUGGUAACCAGCAGGGCGGGCCUGGCGGAGAGCAGGGGGGUUUUGGCGGAGACGCUGGCGGAGAUACUGGCGGAGAUACUGGCGGAAAUACUGGCGGAGACGCUGGCGGAGACAUUGGCGGAGCCGCUGGGGAAGGCGGCGAUGCGGGCGGAGGCGGAGAAACUGGCGGAGCUGGCGGAAAGGGGGGCAAGGCCGGAAAAGGAGGGAAGGGAGGAAAGGGCGGAAAGGGAGGGAAGGGGGGCAAGGGGGGAAAGGGAGGGAAGGCUGGCGGAGGGCAGGGAGGAUCCGGCGGAGGGCAGGGCGGAUCUGGCGGAGAGCAGGGCGGGUCUGGCGGAGAGCAGGGCGGGUCUGGCGGAGAGCAGGGCGGAUCUGGCGGAGAGCAGGGCGGAUCUGGCGGAGAGCAGGGCGGAUCUGGCGGAGAGCAGGGGGGAGCAGGGGGAACUGGCAAGGGCGGAAAGGGUGGCAAGGGCGGAAAGGGUGGGAAAGCGAAGAGCGGCCGGAGUUGGGUAGAGCGUGCGAGGGCAGCACAUUGCAUGCUCCCUCCCUUGCAAUGCAACGCGUUGCUCGGUUCCCACUCCUCCCUCCCCACUCCUCCCUCCCCACUCCUCCCUCCCCACUCCUCCCUCCCCACUCCUCCCUCCCCACUCCUCCCUCCCCACUCCUCCCUCCCCACUCAUCCCUCCCCACUCCUCCCUCCCCACUCCUCCCUCCCCACUCCUCCCCGGAGCACCCGUCGCCAUCCAUCCCGCUACGCACUUGCAAUGCAACGUGUAGCACAGGGAGGGCGUGCGAGUGCAGCACGUGGCAUGCUUCCUCCUCGCCCUCCUGCUCCCCGUGUCUCCUUGCUGCCCUCUGUAUCCACUCUGCCCUUCCAACCCGCUUCCAAACUUUCCGCCCCGUUAUCCAGAGAGGGCGUGCGAGUGCAGCACAUGGCCAGCUUCCUCCCCGGAGCACCCGUCGCCUUCCAUCUCGCUAGGCACUUGCAGUUCAACGUGUAG